ACACGAUUAAAGCGGACUUGCAAGCCACUCCAUCGUCGCUAGUCUUUGGAUGCGCACAACGCUUACCUGGUGAACUCGUCUCACCAAAAGCGCCAACAACUUUCGACUAUGGCGACUACGCAGCUCGCCUAUCUCAUCACAUGCGACAGCUUCAGCCUGUGCAACCCAGAGCACAGAGCUUGCGUACAAACGUGGACGAACGGUUAACUACUUGCACGCACGUGUUCGUUCGCACUGAUAGCGUACGCCGACCACUUCAGCCUCCUUACUCUGUUCCGUACCGUGUCGUAGGUAGAAGCGACAAAACGUUUACCAUUGACUACAAUGGUAAGACUGAGACGGUCAACGUCGAGCGACUCAAGCCAGCAUACCUUGACAAGUCUGACUCGCCGGUGCAACAAGCACCUUCACAGCCCGUGGCAUCACAGACGGCACCGCAAACGCAGACGAGUCAGCCCGCUCCAGCAGAACCGACAAACACAACCGACAGCACUCUUACCCGCCCUACCCUCAAUCGACGCGGUAGGAAACUCAAGCCUCCAGUUCGUUUUUCAGACUUUGUUAGCACUUAUUAUUUUACAUAG